CCUGCAGAAGCCCCGCCCUUUCCCACCUCUCCGGGCGGGGUGGGGGGAGAAAGAAGCGGGUGGCUCUUUUUUAUUGCAAAGGAAGCGAGCGAAGCAGGUGUGCGAUGCCGAGGAGCGCCAAGAGGUUUCCAAGAGGUGAACCGUUGCAGAUCUCCAGCUGGAGUUGUCAAGAUGUCAUAUUUUGCUGACCACUUCUGGGGAGAGAAGAACCAUGGUUUCGACGUUCUGUAUCACAACAUGAAGCAUGGACAGAUCUCUGCCAAGGAGCUGGCAGACUUUGUGCGAGAGAGGGUGACUGUGGAAGAGGCCUAUGCCAAAUCCAUGGUCAAGAUGUCUAAGAUGGCUGGAAACAGCACCCAGGUGGGGACUUUUGCCCCGCUGUGGGAGGUCUUCCGCAUCUCAUCUGACAAGCUGGCCCUUUGCCACGCGGAGCUCGUGAAGAAGCUGCAGGAUUUGAUCAAGGACAUUGGGCGUUAUGGAGAUGAGCAGAUACGGGUGCACAAGAAGUCAAAGGACGAAGUGGCGGGGACCCUGGAAGCUGUCCAAGUCCUACAGGGAGCUGCUCAGCAUCUCCCCAAGGCCAAGGAGAACUACCACAGCCGAUGCCAGGAGCUGGAACGUCUGCGCAGGGAAGGGGCAAGCCAGAAGGAGAUUGAUAAGGCCGAAUUGAAGUCCCGUAAGGCAGUCGAAGCCCUCCGGCGUGCUGUGGAGAAGUACAACCUGGCCCGUGACGAUUUUGAGCAGAAGAUGCUGGACUCCGCUGUGCGCUUCCAGGAAGUGGAAGAUUCUCAUUUGUGCCAUAUGAAGGCCCUGAUCAGCUCUUUUGUUCACUCUGUGGAGGAUACCCACGUCCAGAUUGGGCAGGUCCAUGAAGAGUUUAAACAGAAUAUGGAGAACAUCGGGGUGGAGACGUUGCUACGAAACUUUGCGGAGAGCAAAGGAACUGGCCGUCAUCCACCAGGGCCACUGGACUUUGAGGAGCUGAGCAUGACCCCAGCGCAGGAAGGCAAGUACCGAACUCGCAGCAAAGCCUUCCGUAUCCCUGGCUUGGGCCGCAAAGAUCGUGAACGGGAUUCUGUGGAGUCUCCAGAUGCGGAUUCAGUGCAGCCUCCAGAAGUGGACGAAGAGGGGUUUACGGUUCGCCCUGAAACAAACCAGAAUGCACGUGAACACGGCAACCACUUCUGCUCGUCCAGCGAUUCGGAUUACGACGACGAGGAGCCACACAAGUUCUACAUCCGCAUCAAGCCUGUGCAGCCACGGGAGAGAACCAACAGUGCGGCAGCCUCUGCUGCGGUGGAACAGCUCAAGGCCUCUGUUGGCAACCUCAUCCUGCCGCCAAGUGUGGGGUGCACCAUGAAAAGGCAUUCAUCUAGGCACUUGAAAUCUCUCGCCUCUGCAGCUGUGGAAACGGAUUCUGACACAGCCCCAGCUCCAGGUGACAAAUUGGGGAAAUCCCAGACCCCACGCCUUGCCAACCGGACAAACAGUUGUGACGGCAAAGUUCCUGAACCCGAUGCCCUUCCCGUCAGUGCACUGUUUGGACCUCCACUGGAAUCUGCUUUUGAAAAUGAAGAUUUCUCAGCUCCCCGAUCGUACCUUCUGGCUUCUAGCCCCUCCCCCUUCUCCUCCUCGUCUCCUGAGAAUGUGGAAGACUCCGGAUUGGACUCGCCAUCACACCCAGCCACUGGGCCCUCCUCGGAUUCUCGCCUGUGGAGCCCACGACCCUGCACUCCCCAGAGCCCUCUCGGCAAGCGGUCUUUGAAGAGCUCCUUGAGUCUCCGUGGCAGCCGUCGUGGCCUGCUGGCUGAAGAUGGACCCAACCCUUGGCUGCCCCAACCUGCACCCCAAGAACUCCCCUGCUUUGCGUCGGAUCCCGACUGGGCAGAUUCUGUAUCUGGCUGGCCUGUGGCGGCUCAUAGCAAUUCCUUCCAGCGGGAAUCAUCCUCUCCUGACCCCUUCUCCUUGGAAGGUGCCGUCAGCAACCGGCGGCCCUGGCCAGUCAGGCCUCGCAGCCCAGCCUCGGACUGCCCCCCACGGGCCUGCGAGCGUGAUAGCUGCCUGUCGUCCAAUUCGGCAUCCUCUUCCUCCUCCUCCCCAGCGCCCCCCAGCAGUGGUGACUCCACCAGCCCCUCCCCGUGGGCCCCACGCUGCCGAGAUUCGGAAAGUGGGACACCAGGUAUCCCUGAAGUGUCAUCUGAACCGACAUCUCUUCCUCUGCCCGCCUUGCCCAGUUUGGCCUCAAUGGUGGCCCCGCCCCGACGAUGUCGAGUGAAAAGACCUUCGGCGGUUUCAGCUGCCUGUGUUGGCAAUGAUACGCCUCGGUCCCUGAGCCCAUCACCCCUCUGGGCUUUGUCGGCCCCCCCAAGCUCGGGCAGCCUGACAGAACGGGCCUUCUUCAUGGCCACGCAGCCAGGACUUGGAAUCUCCCGUGGUCCCUCUCCCGUGGUCCUGGGUUCCCAGGAUGCAUUGCCUGUGGCGACAGCCUUCACGGAAUAUGUCCAUGCUUACUUCAAAGGUCAAAACCCAGACAGCUGUCUCAUCAAGGUCACUGGUGAACUCACAAUGUCCUUCCCGGCGGGGAUCGUCCGAGUCUUCAGCGGUUCCUCAGCACCCCCCGUCCUGAGUUUCCGCCUCCUCCACACAGCCUCCAUCGAACAGUUCCUGCCCAAUGCUGAUCUCCUCUUUAGUGACCCAUCGCAAAGUGACCCCAGCAGCAAGGACUUCUGGCUCAACAUGGGGGCCCUCACUGCGCACCUCCAGAAGCAGGCGGAGCAAGUGGCAGCUGCCCCCUACUUCAACGUGCCCCUGCUCAGAUACCAGUAUUCCAAGCAGGGCUUGGCUUGGGCCCCCCUGCAGCUGACGGUGAACUGGGAGUGUGCCUCGGAUGCCACCCGCGUGUGUGUGGAUUACAACUACAACGCGUCUGCCCUGGCCUCAGCAGUGGCGCUCAGCAACGUGCAGGUCCUGCUGCCCAUCGAAGAGCCAGUGGCCAACGUCCGGCUGCAGCCGACGGCCUGUUGGAAUCUGGAAGAGAAACGCUUGCUUUGGCGGCUGCUGGACGUUCCUGGUGCCGAAGGCCUCGGAGGUUGUGGCCGCCUUUUGGCCAGCUGGGAGCCCUUGAACGGUCCCUCCAAGCCCAGCCCAGUGGCCGCUCAGUUUACCAGCGAGGGCAGCACGGUCUCGGGGGCGGACGUGGAGCUGGUUGGCAGCGGCUACCGGAUGUCGCUGGUCAAGAAGAGGUUUGCCACAGGAAUUUACCUUGCUGGUUCAUGAGUACCCUUCUCUGCCUGGAGCUACUUUUAAAGAUGUGUGCUGGAAGAUGUGAAGAAAGAAUAUAUUGUGUUUUAAAUUAUUAUUUUUGUUCUGUUGCCUGGAUUUUAAACACUGGAAAGAGAGCAAGACUGGGCGUCCGAGGCGUCCGUCGACUCCCCACCCCGAACCAGGGGGAGGCGGGUAACUUUGAAUGUUGGGGAACCCUCGUGGGGCUAAGGGGGAGGGGCAGACUCCAAAUUGCACUUCAGGAGAACAUUCCCUGGUUUUUAAUCUCCUCCCAUUUUAUUUUGACACCCCUGUCCAAAUUGCUUGUUUCCAUCUCCCCAUCCCUUGUCUCAAACUCAUCACGGCGCUGCCUUCCAGAACCAGAAAGGGGACGGCCUCAUUUCCCCCAGCUGCUAGCUGAAGUGCUCAAGGGGGUGGGGGAGACGCGUUGCUCUUUUAAUAAAAAAAAAAAACCACUUGUUUUCUAAUAAAAUUUUACUCUGCGGA